AUUCUGCUAUCGGUCAAAGCUCGUAAUUGUAUCUCUCUUUGCUAAGACUGUCUUCACUAUGAUGAUUCACUCUGCUGGUCCGGAAGCUGCUAAAAGAUUCUUGACUUUCGUGAAUGCAUCCCCGACGCCGUUCCAUGCUGUCCAUAAUGCCUCCGCAAGACUAGAGGCUGCAGGUUUUCAGAAGAUUAGAGAAACAGAUGACUGGGAGAAGGCAUUACGGCCCCAAGGGAAAUACUAUUUCACUAGGAACCAGAGCGCUCUGGUUGCUUUCACGAUUCCGUCUGGCUGGAAGCAAGGAUCCGGUGUUUCGAUUGUGGCAACCCAUGUAGAUAGCCCAAACCUCAAGGUCCGGCCUAUCUCCAAACGUUCCAAGGUCGGUUACCUUCAGGUCGGAGUUGAGACAUAUGGGGGAGGCAUUUGGCAUUCUUGGCUUGACAGAGAUCUAUCUCUCGCUGGAAGAGUUAUCAUCUCGAAGGGCGAUGGCAACUUUCACUCGAAACUUGUGAAAAUCGACCGACCUCUCCUCCGUAUACCCACAUUAGCAAUUCAUUUGGAUCGUUCUGCCAACGACGCUUUCAAACUAAACACAGAGACGGAGUUCGUUCCUAUCCUCGGAUUGAUCGCAGACCAAUUGAACCAGUCUCGCACGUCAACGAACGAGGACGAUGAACUGCAGAGAGACAACUCCUCCGCCUCAAGCAUCCAGGCUAAUCAUCAUUCCGAGUUGUUGUCAUGCAUAGCCCAAGAGCUCGGUGUAACACCCGGGGAAAUACACGACUUCGAAUUGUCCCUAUAUGACACUCAGCCUAGUGUCCUUGGUGGACUGAAUAACGAGUUUGUCUUUAGUCCGCGACUCGACAAUCUCAUGUCUUCUUUCUGCGCCGUUGAGGCUCUUGCUGAUCAUGUCAGCACCCCGGCCUUCGCCAGCCAGAAAGACAACGUCAACUGCAUUGCUUUGUUUAAUCACGAGGAAAUUGGCAGCGUCUCAUCCUCUGGAGCAGAAUCUUCGUUGAUCCCCUCUCUUCUGGAGAGACUUUCUCCGACUCCUUCUCUUCUUGGACAGUCUAUUGCACGGUCCAUCCUCAUAUCAGCCGACAUGGGACACGCAGUUCACCCGAAUUUCGCAUCUAAACACGAAGACAAACACCGUCCAGUCAUGAAUGGUGGUAUCGUCAUCAAGACCAACGCAAAACAACGAUAUGCUAGUGAUGCGAUUGGUACUUUCCUCGUGAAACAGUUGGUGGAGCGCAAAGGUGGCAGGGUACAAGAAUUUGAAGUGCGGAAUGACAUGCCAUGUGGUUCCACUGUUGGACCGAUGCUAUCGAAGAACGGCCUUCGCACUGUUGAUGUCGGAAACGCGAUGUUAUCCAUGCAUUCUAUCCGGGAGACUGGGGGUUCACAUGAUGUUCAGUACGCCAUCGACCUUUUCAGCUCUCUGUUCGAGGGAUUCUCGGAGCUGGACAAGAGCCUCGCAAUGGAUUAAUGAGACAGAGAUGAAGUGGUCGCUGUACACUAUUGCAGCCUUUUGUUAUGGAGCACCCGUUGCAUACAACGGGUUCAUCGUUGGCGUUUUGCGGGGAGUUGAGAAGGAUCGGUUAUCGUUCUCGAACCAGAAAUAAAACUACGUUUCUUGGCUGUCCGAGAAUAGUGUGCAAGAACCCACU